AUGCUUGGAAAACAAGCUUUAAGUAUUGGUAUUAACGCUUAUGUACCACGACGUUUCACCUUAGAACCGUGUCUUAAUGAUGCAGGUGAUAUGACUCUGGCUUUACGUUUACUUGGAUUUCAUGCACAUUUUGCGAAAGAUCUUAGCUAUAAAUCAAUGAAAUCCCUAACUCAUCAAUUUAUCAAUUCGAUUCAACCAGGUGCUAUUGUUGUAUUCUAUUUCUCUGGUCACGCUUGUCAAUUUGAUGGUAACAAUUAUAUAAUGCCAACGAAUGUUACUGGAGUUUGGGCGGGUAAUGUCAACUCACAUGCAAUCGAUGUUCAAAAACUCAUUAAUUCAAUGCAUAAAAGACGUCCAAGAGUUGUUAUAUGUAUUCUCGAUUGUUGUCGAACAGAUGCACCGUCAGAGCCGGUUGACCAAAUGAGUCCCUUUAGUAGAACCUUCUAUGGAAUGAAAAUAGGUCUUGCACCAAUGCAAGCUCCACCAGCAACAAUCAUUGCUUAUGCUUGUGCGGCCAAUGAUGUAGCUUCAGCUGAUUCAAUCUAUGGUCGAAAUAGCUUAUAUACUUCUCAUUUACUUCGUUAUAUCACAACACCAAAUGUCGAUAUUGAAACUCUUUUAAAAUGCGUUGGUAUAGACGUGCAAAAAGAAUCUGAAAAUCAACAAAUACCCUAUCGAUAUAGUAGUUGUAACGAAGCAAUCUAUCUUACAGCACCAAAUACAUACAAGGCGAUGAUGCCAUCUCAAGAUAUGCACAGAAGACCUAUUGUCCGUAAGUCACUCUCGAUGAAUCCAUUGUAG